AUGAAGCUGAUGCUUCCACUCGCGAUGCAGAAGAUUCCAAGCGAGGGCUUGCGGACCCUGACCCACUCCUUCAUCUGCGGUGGCAUCGCAGGCAUGAUGGCCGCCUUGGUGACUUGCCCGAUUGACGUCAUCAAGACUCUGCGACAAAAGACGCUGACGGGGGCCGAGCGCAGCUUGACGAGCAGCAUGCCGGCAUCCGAGUCCUACAAAGACAUCAUCCGAUUCCUCGUGGCCCACCCCAAAUCGAGCUUCAGCGGGGUCGGCCCUCGGUUGCUGCGGAUACCCUUGGGUAUGGCAACGAUGAUGUCGGGGAUGGAGACCACAAAGUGGGCCUUUGAGUGGCGCAGGCAGAGCAGGUAG